AAAUGAGGGGUUGAUGCCUUUGCUUACCUCGAGGUCGUCGGAGUCUACCGUAACAUCAUCUUCAAAAGACCGGAAGGCUUAGAAUCAACAUCGAUAUCCAGAUAAUCCUUGAACUAUGGCUUCUCUACCUUCGGCUUCUUGCUGCUACCAAGGUGUGAAGCAUGAGGGAACCGCGAAAGGCUCGUUGUCGCGCGUCGGAGACUUCGAAGUCUACACUGUGCAGCCUGAAGGCCAAACCUCUGACAAGGCUAUACUGAUUCUUACCGAUGUCAUCGGCCAUAAGUUCAUCAACGUCCAGCUUAUCGCCGACCAGCUGGCCGCAAAUGGCUAUUGUAGGUUGCGCCCAAAUGAACCUAGGGACGUGAACUUACUGGAAUAGUCGUGAUGAUCCCCGAGCUCUUUGAUGGCGAUCCGAUUCCACUGAAUCGUCCGGGCGACUUUGAUAUCGUGGCUUGGCGUGAUGGGAAAUACCACCCGCAGGGGAAAGCCCAUGCCCCGGAGAACAUUGAUCCCAUCGUUGAUGCUUGUGUCAAAGAAUUGCGAACCAGAUACGGAUUCAAAGUAUGUCCCAAGUGUUUCACAUUCUGGGCAGGUACUGACCCUUUGCAGAAAAUCGGGGCUAUCGGCUACUGCUUCGGAGCGAAAUACGUCGUUCGCCAUCUCCGACCAGAUCUCGGCAAACUCGAUGUCGGGUUCAUCGUGCACCCCAGCUGGGUAGGGGAAGAAGAAUUACACGCGAUUAAAGGUCCUAUUGCUGUCUCCGCAGCGGAGACUGAUGCCAUAUUCCCGGCCGAGAAGCGGCAUGAGAGCGAGAUAAUCCUCAAAGAAACUGGGGUGCCGUAUCAAAUCGCGCUGUUUAGCGGAGUUGCGCAUGGGUUCGCGGUUCGCGGUGAUCCGAACAAUCGUAGUGCUCGGUAUGCCAAGGAGAGCACCUUCUUCCACAGCCUCCAGUGGUUUGGGGAAUAUCUGAGAGAUGAAUGAGGUCCUGGCUGGUGGGGUAUCUGCAAGUGGGAAGACAGUUUAUCGUAACGACUAAUGGCUCAUGGAAGAAGAAUGUACCGUCAUUGGCAGCAGCACCAUAUCUGGAGGAUUGUGAUACGCACUGUCUGGAUUCUCUAGCUCACAUAGUAGUUCGGUUCCUAUGAGUAUCGACGUUCCUGUUGACUGUAUUGGUCCGAGGCAGUUCCUCUAAUAUGCGGAUAAACUGUUGGGGUA